AUGAUUUGGAGGACUGCACUGUUGCCUUUCCUCUUCAUAUGUACAACCUGCGCACUUGUACUACAAAGAGAGGUACCGGGAACAAACCCAACAGCAGUCAUUCAAGUCGAACGCGGCUACACCGCCAUCCCCCCAUCUUCCGAUAUCACAAUAUCUACAACAUCGACUGACAAGACAACUGCCUCAUCCAAUGCGACUCCUUCACCUACUAGAGAAUAUUAUGACAGCGGGCCUCCGAUCUAUCUACCCGUCACCUCCGAACCACCUGAUGUCUUGGGUAUCGGGAAUGUGAGCGGGUUUUACGGACCAGGCAGUUGGGCAGCAUGGUUCAUUUCAAUCGUGGCAUCGUGGUGGCGGCUCCUUCGAGUUUCAGAAGAGAGGUUUGAUCCAAAUACGUGGGUCUUCUUGCUCGGCACGAACUGGGCCGCGGUUGGUCUUUUUCGUGGAAUCCGCAUGGCUCAAAGCAUCCCGCUCGACUCCUUGACAUAUGAUGCAGAGUUGGGGAGCCUGAAAGGCUCCAUUGGGGCAGCAUUCAAUGUCACAUUCUGGGGAACCUUUCACUGCUUGAUGCAGUAUCUUCUUACGAUGAUAUUAUUCGACACCCCAAAGACCCAACGAUAUCGGCUGUGGACACUAUUGCUCGGGAUGAUCCUGCCCUCUCUCGCGCUCAUGCACUCUGCUCCUAUCAGAACAAUGGAAGUGCCUGCGCUGUAUUGGCAAGCGAUGCACAGCGGAGCUUAUGAAUUGAAUUUGGCUGUUGCUGCUGGCACUCCAUUUUAUAUCAUGCCAUUCUCUGUAUGGCUGCUCGGAUAUAUGGAUAUUUCAUUGAUACCAAACAUUUUCCCUGGACUCCUGGAACUGCCAAAAGAAAUUUUCAGGAUAGUGAUAGCAUCGAGAAUGGCGCACAAAGUGCUGAAUUAUUUCACCAUCGGGUCAUUCUUUGUGGUGCAAACCUCGGUCAUCAUGAUCAAUGUUACAGGAGAUUCAAGAUGGUUGAUUGGUCUAUUACCACUCGCCCCUCUUCUGCUCUGUUUUCUCUUGCUUUUAAGCCCGUAUUUUUGGAUUUGUUUGGUUGGAUAUGCAAGUGGGCGGUACGCAUUCAUGGGUUAUGUGAUCCGCAGUGCCAAAGCAUCACAAUCGUGUUUCUUCAUGCCAUGUGCCCCCAGUCAAUAA